GUUUUUUUUUUCCGCAGUACUCAUUUCUGAUUGUCUUCUUCAGAAUCCCUAGAACAGUUCGAUUAACAAAUCGAAGAUCGAUUUGGGGAUCAAAUCAGUGCUCGAUCGAGGUUGAAGAUGACGGAGGCGAUGAUAAGGAAGAAGCCAGGAAUGGCGAGUGUGAAGGAUAUGCCAUUGCUUCAGGAUGGUCCACCACCGGGUGGGUUCGCGCCGGUCCGAUAUGCUCGCCGGAUCUCCAACACGGGACCGAGCGCCAUGGCUAUUUUCCUUACCUUUUCCGGUGCUUUUGCUUGGGGGAUGUACCAAGUCGGCCAGGGCAACAAGAUUCGCAGGGCGUUGAAGGAAGAAAAAUAUGCUGCCCGUAGAGCAAUUCUACCGAUUCUUCAGGCAGAAGAAGAUGAAAGGUUUGUGUCUGAGUGGAAGAAGUAUCUAGCGUAUGAAGCUGAUGUGAUGAAGGAUGUUCCUGGAUGGAAAGUCGGUGAAAACGUGUAUAACUCGGGUCGUUGGAUGCCUCCAGCUACUGGAGAGCUUCGUCCUGAUGUCUGGUAAUAUCAAUGGCUCCUUUUGAUGAUGAUGAAUGAAUGAAUGUUGUCUAAGCAUUUUUAUUUUGGAACCUUAAUGUUUGUUAUCUCGCUUUUACCAUCGUAUAAUAAGAGAAAUGAUACGUACACAGUUCAUGUAUUGGUGGUACUGAGUAACAUUUUCUGUUUUUUACCUCGUUCACAUAUUUCUGUCGAUGAAGAAAUCAGUUUCAGACA